AUGGAUUGCCUUUUUCUUCUGAUGUGGACGUUACCCAGCCCGCUGGUCGGCUGCACCUCAGUCAGGCUCCUUUCCACCCUCCUGUCCUGGAAUAUCAUCAAGACGCUGCACGUUUACUGCUCACACACCUCCCACACCGUUACGGCCAGCUAUUCUUCCAGCGACCGCCACGGAUUAAAUCAUGACUACGUGUUUGUAACCCCUGUGGAGGUGGACUCUGAAGGGGGAUACAUGACGCAUGAUGUGACCAGGCAAGGGCAUCGCAACAAGAGGUCACUCUCCUCUUCUCUGCAUUACCGGCUCUCUGCCUUCGGGCACAAUAUGCACCUGGACCUGUAUCCGUCCUCUGUGGUCGGCCCGGGCUUCACCGUGCAGACGCUCGGCUCAAACGGCAUCGCCACGGUGAUGGGGGAUGAAGGCUUUCACAACUGCCUGUAUCAGGGAUUUAUUCGUAACCUGACAGCCUCCUCGGCAGCCAUAUCAACGUGCAGUGGAUUGUCAGGUUUGAUCCGCUUGUCUCAGGAGGAGUAUUUGAUCGCCCCGUUACCGCAACAUUUGGCCACCCAGCACAACUACAGCGCCCCCAGUGGUCACCACCCACAUGUCGUCUACAAACGCUCGGCGGAACACGAGGUCCACAGAAGUUCUGGCCGUUCCUCCAGCACCAGUUCACCCACACCUGACAAUCCGUACCUUCACCAUCAUGAACAUCACGAGCAGCAGUACCAACACCAUGACUACGAGCAUGGGAAGCUGCAGAGGCAACACUUCUGCGGACGCCGCAAGCAAUACGCUCCCAAGCCUCCCGCUGAGGACAGUUUCAUCAUGCCUGACGAGUUUGCGACACCCGAGGUGGAACGGCCAGGAAGGGCAAAGCGAUCGCCUAUAAAUUCCAACAGGGUGGGUGGCCUGAAUGUGGAGACCCUGGUGGUGGCAGACAGGAAGAUGCUGGAGAAGCACGGCCGGGACAACGUCACCACCUACGUCCUCACCGUCAUGAACAUGGUUUCUAGCCUUUUCAAAGAUGGCACCAUUGGGAGCGACAUCAACAUUGUGGUAGUCAGCUUGUUGCUGCUGGAACAAGACCCACUGGGCCUGACCAUAAAUCACCAUGCUGACCAGUCCCUCAACAGCUUCUGUCAGUGGCAGUCAGGUCUGGUGGGUAAAGGCGGUAAGCGGCAUGAUCAUGCUGUUCUCCUCACCGGACUGGACAUCUGUUCCUGGAAGAACGAGCCCUGUGACACCCUGGGGUUUGCCCCCAUCAGCGGCAUGUGCAGUAAGUACAGGAGUUGUACCAUCAAUGAGGACACGGGGCUGGGCUUGGCUUUCACCAUCGCUCACGAGUCUGGACACAAUUUUGGGAUGAUCCACGAUGGCGAGGGCAACCCUUGUCGCAAGACAGAGGGCAACAUCAUGUCUCCCACUCUGGCUGGAAACAACGGGGUCUUCUCCUGGUCCACCUGCAGUCGACAGUACCUCAGCCGCUUCCUUGGAACAGCCCAGGCAUCCUGUCUGGUGGACGAGCCCAAGCAGAUUGGUCAGUACAAGUACCCCGAACAGCUUCCUGGGCAGCUGUACGACGCAGACACACAGUGCAAGUGGCAGUUUGGCUCCAAGGCCAAAUUGUGCAGCUUGGAUUUCGUCAAGGACAUCUGUAAGUCACUGUGGUGCCACCGCACAGGACACCGCUGUGAGACCAAGUUCAUGCCGGCUGCAGAAGGAACCAGCUGUGGUCCGGACAUGUGGUGUCGGCGGGGGCAGUGUGUUAAAUACGGGGAGCAUGGCCCCCGGGCGGUACAUGGCCAGUGGUCUGCCUGGUCCCAGUGGUCCGACUGCUCCAGAACCUGUGGAGGAGGGGUCAUGUACAGGGAGCGCUCCUGCACCAGCCCAAGGCCACAGAACAAUGGUAAAUUUUGUUCGGGCUCCAGUCGACUCAACCAGCUGUGUAACACUCGGCCAUGCCCCCCCAACGCCGUGGACUUCAGGGCCCAACAGUGUGCCGAGUACAACAGCAAGCCCUUCAGGGGCUGGUACUACAAAUGGAAGCCCUACACCAAAGUGGACGAUGAAGACAUCUGUAUGCUGUACUGCAUCGCAGAGGACUUUGACUUCUUCUUUGCCAUGUCCAGCAAGGUCAAAGAUGGAACCACCUGCUCUGAUUACAAUGGAGAUGUCUGCAUUGAUGGAGUCUGUGAGGCAGUGGGCUGUGACCAGACUCUGGGCUCCAAGGCCUCUCUAGAUGCCUGCGGAGUCUGUAAGGGAGACAACUCCACUUGCAAGUUCUUCAAGGGACAAUACACCCUACAACACAGGGCUAACGAGUAUUACUCUAUGGUAACCGUUCCAGCUGGAGCACGAAGCAUUCACGUUCAGGAAAUGGAGGUCUCCACCAGCUACUUGGCCGUGCGCUCCCUCAAAAGGAAGUACUACCUGACCGGGGACUGGACCGUGGACUGGCCAGGAAAGUUCCACUUGGGCGGAACUGUGUUCGACUACCAGCGCUCUUUUAACAAGCCGGAGAGCCUGUAUGCUGCUGGACCUACUAAUGAGACGCUAGUGUUUGAAAUCCUCCUGCAGGGGAAGAACCCAGGUGUGGUGUGGGAGUACACUCUGCCUCGCACCGAGAGGAAACCUGACUACAGCUGGGGUGUGGUGCGCUCGGACUGCUCUGCUCCGUGCGCUGGAGGUCGUAUCUCCACUAAGGCGAUCUGUCUGCAGGACCAGAAAGUUCAGGUCAACUCCACCAUGUGUAAUCCACUCUCCAGACCAACACUGGGCUCCCACCUCUGCAACACACAGCCCUGCCCUUCAUACUGGGCGACCGGCGACUGGGGCUCCUGCAGUCGCUCGUGCGGAGGAGGCCAGCAGACCAGGACCCUGCGCUGCCUGAGGAAGGUCACCUACCAGAGGGAGGAGGUGGUGGCUCACUCCCUCUGCCCCGUCAUUUCCCCGGCCCAAGUCCAGCCCUGCCACACCCAGGCCUGUCCGCCCGAGUGGAGCACGGGAUCUUGGUCACAGUGCUCCAAGACCUGUGGCCGUGGACUGAGGAAGCGCAGUGUGUUCUGCAGCAGCACCGACCCCGGGGCCAAAGCGGUGGUGGUGCCCGACAGCAUGUGCAGACAGCACCACAGACCCAAAUCCCAAGAGACCUGCGUCCUGCGGCGCUGCCCCAAAAACGAAAGGCUGCAGUGGAUACCCACUCCCUGGGGAGAGUGCUCCAGGUCUUGUGGCUCAGGCAUCCAGAAGAGAGAGCUUCGCUGCGGGGAGAGAGACUCCCAGGGAGGGUAUGCAGAGUUCCCCGUACGCAGGUGCAGGAGCAUGGCCAAGCCUUUGGUGGAUCUCCAGCAGGGCUGCAACCGAGGUCCAUGCCCAGAGCUCCCUCGGGUCGUCCCUGGCAGAACAACCUCCAACGCUGUGGUGUUAGGCUGGUACCCUUCUCCCUGGCAGCAGUGCUCCGUGUCCUGUGGCGGAGGGGUUCAGACUCGAUCCAUCCAGUGUCUCCGGCAAGGUCGUCCCGCAGCUGGCUGCCUGCCCCACCAGAGGCCUGUCACUUCUAGGGCGUGCAACACACACUUCUGCCCAGCCGCCCCCCCGGCUCCGGCACAGCGCCCCGGCUGGAUGACAGCUGCCGAACCGACACUGAAAGAGGAACACUGUGUGGAUCAUUUCAGCUGGUGCCACUUGGUUCCGCAGCACGGCGUCUGUAACCACAGGUUCUACGGACAGCAGUGCUGCAGGUCCUGCUCCAGCAAGAGGCCGUAG